AUGUCCUCCCCGCAGCUCUCCUCGUCCCGCAGACAGUCAUGUUACCUGUGCGACCUGCCCCGCAUGCCCUGGGCCAUGAUCUGGGACUUUACCGAGCCGGUGUGCCGGGGCUGCGUCAACUACGAGGGCGCAGACCGGAUCGAGUUCGUGAUAGACACAACCCGCCACCUGAAGCGGGCUCACGGGAUCCAGGAGGCCAGAACCGGAGCACCGCAGCCCGCCGUGGCGAAGAGCCAGGCGGGGACGCUCACCGGGAAAGAGCCGGUGGUCCAGCUCAUCCAGCAUCACCCGGUGGACGGACCGGGGAAGGCUCAGCAGCCCGGUGUGGACCGGUACCCGCUUGCUGCGGAUAACCGGGCUCGGUUCGACUACAGCGGACACAGCAGCAGGCUGCCUAACGGAUUUAAACCGGACGACGGACCACCGGAGCUGAACCGACAGAGCCCGAACUCCCGGAGCAGGGGUCACGCGGUGCCGGUGCCGGUACCAGGACAGAUCGCCGUGCCGCCGAACCUGCUGCCGCAGACGCUGCUGAACGGACCGGCGGGUAGUAGACCGGGCCAACAGGGCUCCGUGCCCGGUCCGGUGGGGCUGUCUGACCCGGGAGGGAAGCGGCCCUCCUCGGUGUCUAGCACCGACCAGGACCGGGACCGGGACCGGGACAUGAAGGAGAAGCAGCGCAACGCGGAGACUCUGUCCGAGCUCAGUGAGAGUCUCCGGAACCGGCAGGAGGACUGGACCAACCGGCCCAAGCCCGUCCGGGACACGCUGGUCUGUCUGUCCGGUUGCACCCCGUUCACCGUCCGGUUCAAGAAGGACCACGCGCUGCUCGGCCGCGUGCUCGCCUUCGACGCGGUGUCCAAACCCGGUACCGACCACGAGCUGAAGAUCUACAUCGAGUACCCGACCGGGUCCGGUACCGUGUUCUCCAGCGCGUCCGGUGUCGCUAAGCAGAUGUACCAGGACUGCAUGAAGGACUUCGGCAGAGGUUUGUCCUCCGGGUUCAAGUACCUGGAGUACGAGAAGCGGUCCGGUACCGGGGACUGGCGGCUGCUGGGGGAUUUACUACCGGAGUCUCUGCGGGGCUUUAAGGACUGUGUGGGGGCGGACAUGCUGCCGCAGCCCUACACCGACCCGGGGCUGCCCCCACCCGCCCCGGUGCCCCCCCCUCGGGCCUCGGGCAGCGGGGGCAGCAGCUCCCGGUCCGGCGGCAGGAAGAGGAAAGCUUCCCCGGAGCCGGACUGUACGGAGUGGAUCAGCAGCUCGUUCACCGGACCCCCUCCCCCGCUGGGUCACCUGGCUACCGGGCGCGCCACCCCACCGGAGCAAUCCGCGCCCCCGCAGAACGGACAGUCCCCCAUGGCCGCGCUCAUGACAGUCGCGGACAGCCUCGGGAACGCGCACUCCCCCAACAAGGACAGAGACUCGGUGCACUCCUCCUCUUCCUCCUCCAGACACACCAGCAGCAGCCCGGUGUCUCCCGCCUCCGUGUCCGGUCAGAGGCGCCUCUCCUCCCGCAACGGAGACCUCGGGCUUCCCGCGCAGCCUCAGUCGGCAGGUGGCAUGGACCAGGUGCACGCGCAGAACGUGCCCGUGCCCGACUCCCCCAUGGCCAACAGCGGGCCUCUGUGCUGCACCAUCUGCCAUGAACGCUUAGAGGACACACAUUUCGUGCAGUGUCCGUCGGUCCCGAACCACAAGUUCUGCUUCCCGUGCUCCAGAGAGAGCAUCAAGGCUCAGGGGGCAUCGGGGGAGGUCUACUGCCCCAGCGGGGAGAAGUGCCCCCUGGUGGGCUCCAACGUGCCCUGGGCCUUCAUGCAGGGGGAGAUAGCGACCAUCCUGGCUGGAGACGUGAAGGUAAAGAAGGAGAGAGACCCGUGA